AUGUCGGACGAGGAGUUCAUCAUGGACGAUGCGGCGGACGAGGACUACGACUUCGAGUACGAAGAGGACGACGACCUGGAUGAUGCCGAUGCCGACAUUGAGAAUCGCUACUACAAUGCCAAGACCAUGAAAGACUCGGAUCCAGACGGCGCGAUACGAGAGCUCAAGGCGGUCAUCGCCGACGAGAAGGAAAAGGGCGACUGGGGCUUCAAAGCGCUCAAGCAGCAGACCAAAAUCAACUUCCACCGUGGGCGUCAUGUCGAAGCGUUGGAGUCAUAUACGCAGCUUCUGUCUUACACAAAGAGCGCAGUGACGCGCAACUACUCGGAAAAGUCGAUCAACAACAUCCUCGACUAUGUGUCCAAUGCCACCGACGUCGGUCUUUCGACAAUGCAGUCCUUUUACGACGUCACCAAGUCGGCGCUCGAGGACGCCAAGAACGAGCGACUCUCGGUCAAGACGGAUCUCAAGCUGGCGCGCAUCUGGCUUGCACGCAAAGAGUGGAGCCGUCUAGCAAAGUCGCUCAAGGAGCUCCGGGCCUACUGCACGAGUUCAGAUGGCACCGACGAUCAGUCUAAAGGCACCAUCUUGCUCGAGAUCUUUGCCCUCGAGAUCCAGAUGUAUGGCGAGGUGGGCAACUUCAAGAAGCUCAAAGAGGUAUACAACUCCACUCUUCAAGUCAAGAGCGCCAUUCCGCAUCCUCGCAUCAUGGGCGUCAUCCGCGAGUGUGGUGGCAAGAUGCACAUGUCGGAAAAGAACUGGGCGGCUGCACAGGUCGACUUCUUCCAAGCCUUUCUCAACUAUGAUGAGGCGGGCAGCACGCAGCGUAUCCAAGUGCUCAAGUAUCUCGUCCUAGCGCACAUGCUCAUGGGAAGCGACAUCAACCCGUUCGACUCGCAAGAGACCAAGCCGUACAAGAACGAUCCGGAGAUCGUCGCCAUGACCAAUCUCGUCGCGGCGUACCAGAGGAGAGAGGUGCACGAAGCGGAAAAGAUUCUCCGCGAGAACAAGCGCACUAUCCUCGAGGACACCUUCAUCAAGGCCUAUAUCGAUGACGUGCUUCGCGGCUUGAGAACGCAGUACCUCAUCGACACGCUGAAGCCCUACUCGCGCAUGCAGCUCGGCUUUCUAGCGCAGCAGCUCAAUAUCGGUGUCGACCAGGUGGAGGACCUGCUCAUGGCGCUGAUCCUGGACGAGAGCAUCAAGGCACGCAUCGAUCAGGUGGGGCAAUAUGUCGAGCUGGAUCGCAGUGCCAACAGUUCGGGCAAGCCACGCUACCAGGCGCUGGGCAAAUGGAACACCGAGAUGGAGCGCACCGAUGCCUCGGUUUGUGGAAAGCAUGCGUCGGGUGCGGCCAGCGGAUCUGGCGCGGGCGUGGGUGGUUCGUACUUGCGCAUGGGUAUGGGACUUGGUGGUCUGCCAGCCGGGCUGGGUCCCGCCAUGCGCUGA